CGCCGCCGCCGCAGCAAUCAGCCGCUGUCUGCACACCGCGACGGGCCGCUCAGCUCCAGAGGCUACACCACACCACACCACACCGCAGCACACGUACCGGCGGGUCUGCGGCGCUCCUGUAACGACACGCAUAUCAUUUCACUAGGCAUAAGGAUGGAGGGCGUACGGCAGUCGCUGCGGCGGCUCGCUGCGGCCGUGCUGGUGGCGGCGCUGGUGCACCGCGGCGCGGCCGCCUGGAGCGCCGCCAGGGCCGGCCAGCAGCGGUCGCAGGCGACUCUCUACCAGUUCCCCCAGGGCUUCCUCUUCGGCGCCGGAACCUCCGCCGUCCAGGUCGAGGGCGCCUGGAACGCCGACGGCAAAGGCGAGAACAUCUGGGACCACCUCCUGCACACACGUCCCAACUUCACAGAGGACGGCAGGAAUGCGGACGUCGCCGACGAUUCUUACCACAAAUACAAGGAGGACAUCGCAGCGCUGGCCAGCAUGGGUGGUAACGUGUACCGCUUUUCCAUAUCGUGGGCGAGGAUUUUACCUGCCGGUGACUUGAGCUCCAUUAACCAAGCGGGAAUAAAUCACUACAGCCAACUCAUCGAUGCUUUGCUGGAGAAGGGCAUCACUCCACUGGUGACAAUGUACCACUUCGACCUUCCGCAGAAACUCCAAGAACUGGGCGGUUGGACGAAUCCCUUUAUCGCAGACAAUUUUGUUGACUACGCAAAAGUUCUUUACGACAACUUUGGCGACAGGGUGAAGCUGUGGUCGACGUUCAACCAGCCGGACUACAUCGCUUCCGGGUACACGUCGGACACCGAGGCGCCGGCGCUCAACGCCAGCGGCGUGGGCGACUACAUGGCGGGCUACACGCUGCUCAUGGCGCACGCGCGGGCCUGGCGCCUCUACGACGAGCAGUACCGGGCCAAGUACAACGGCAAAGUGGGGAUCACGCUCAACAUUGACUGGGCGGAGCCAGCUACAAGUUCCGCGGAAGACAUCGCAGCCGCCGAAAGAUCACUCCAGUUCACUGCCGGGAUCUGGGCGCACCCCAUCUACACGAAGCAAGGAGACUACCCGGAGGUGGUGCGCACUAGGGUCGACGCCAACAGCAAGGCAGAGGGCCGGCUGCGAACCCGGCUGCCGCCGCUCACACCGGAGGACAUCAACUACAUCCGUGGUACGGCCGACUUCCUGUCGCUGAACCACUACACGACGUGGCUGGCGUCCGCCGGGGAGAGCGGCAGCCUACCGUCCAAGGUGCGCGACUCGGGGGCCGUGACGUCACCCGCCACCGACUUCCCGCUCUCUCUGGGGUCCACGUGGCUCAGGGUUGUGCCGGUGGGGCUGAGGAAGACUCUGAACUGGCUGUCAGUGAACUAUCCCGGGUACCCAAUAAUCGUCACAGAAAACGGCUGCAGCGACGACGGCACUACGCUGGAUGACAAACAGCGCGUAGCCUACAUCAGGUGUUACUUGUCUGAACUUCUGAAGGCCAUUAAUGAGGACGGAAUUGACGUAUUUGGCUACAUAGUAUGGUCACUCAUCGACAACUUCGAGUGGCAAGCAAGUUACACAAGCAAAUUUGGACUGUACUAUGUAGACUUCAACGACUCAGCGUUGCCGAGGACUGCGAAGUCUUCUGUUACUUUUCUCAAAGGCGUCAUUGCAGCCAAUGCCUUGUCGAGCCAAUAUUUUGCUACUGAUACAGACCAGAAAAACUCAACUUGCUACGUCUGGCCGGAUGAGCAGAAAAGUAAGUCUGUUCCAAGAAGUCAUCGGAAGGCAUCAGUCCCUCAGCAGGGACGAACAACACACCAGCGAGCAAAUGAAAUGCGAGGCAGAAAUCGGGGCCGACAGGGACAUCAAGCUGCGGUUCGGAAUUCUGGAACUCGAUCACGGGCGUCUUAGCGUACUCUACAAGGAGACUGCAGAAGAAGUUGCUUUGCUUCGACAGACGUAUUUCACGUCUGUUACAUAACACUGUUUCAAAAACUGUAACCAAGACAGUUCCAUCCUCACGAACCCGAACACGUAACGAAUGUUCGUAUGUUGUUAAAACUACUGUCUGUGAAUUGAAACUAUGUCAGAACAGCCUUCUGAACUCUGACGAGUACAUGGUCACUAUUUUCAAAUUGUCUGGAAAAUUAAAGCAACUCUUGCAAACUA